AGAGGAAAGUGGCGUGGUCCAACUGUAUCCUCACUCUCGUCAACACUCACUUAGGGUUUCGCCCAGCCUCUCCCUGCUGUUGCUGUUGCUGCUUCCCUACCUCUCUGUUCUCCUUCUCGCGUUAGUUAUUAUCCCCCCCCCCCCCCCCCCCGAUCUUAGAUUCCGCUUGUUGUUGUACUGUAACCAUGUCAACGCCGGACAUUGGUUCUCAUUCCUUGCCCCUCAGGCGUCUGCUCCCUUCAUGGCCCAGGUAGGCUGCCCUCACUGGAGAUACUGGAUGGCUUGCCACGGCGUCUGUCGUUCACAUCUUAAUUUGCAUCUGCUUCACGUCGAUCCUCUCGCGGUUCGCGACGUACCUCAUGUUUCUGUGAUUUUAUGCCGGGCCUUUGGAAGCGAGUUGAAAGGUCGCAGUGCCGGCGUGCGUACAAUUCCCCAGCAUCGGCCUCUCAGGCUGACUCCACCUUUACCGGGUCGGGUGUAUUAUCGAUACGCUGGAUAUCACCCACACCCUUCCCACGAUGCGCGAUAGGAUCUUUUCAAAUUUUUAGUCCCAGUCUCGGUUACCUUUUUCCCUGUAAAUUCCCCGAGCUUACCUUAGUUUAAUGUUCGGUAAACUUGUGCCACGCAGUGAUUUCUAAGUUGUUGGGCCAUCGUCUCUACAAUAUCAUAGUCAUUGUCAGUUGUUUCACUGGGCAUUGUAGGUUUAAUAGUUUUGGAUGUUGCACCCUGUUAUAUCCAAUCCAGGGAUCAUUUUCAAUUUUUGUUUUGUUGAAAGCUGUGUUUAUACGUCAUACUCUGUUUCUUUUCUUGUUGUCGUUACGCGGGCCAUUCUUCGUUUCUGUUCAAGACUCUGGGAAAUUGAAGGAACUUGGGUUUUCCAUCCACGGGUGCUUGGUAUCAUAGUUGAGCACGAUGGGGGUAGGUUAUGGGCCAGUAGUUGCACUAUAUACCGCUUUAAGUCUAAGCGGGAUCGCUUGGAAACUUAAUUCAGCUCUGCGGAGCACUUUCGACAAGGACUUGCAAGGCCUGGAUCCUAUUGAAGCAGAUCGCACUCUUCAAGCUUUACUUCAAUCAUCCGUCGUGGUGGCCUUACUUGCGAAUCUCAUGGUCAACUGUUUCCUUCUGAUUACACUUUCGAUGAAGACUAUCUUCUUUGGACAGUUAUCACUAGUGGAGACACAAAAGGUGGUAGAGCGACUCAUCAAUUAUGUAUUGUUCAAGGGGCUAUUCUUAACUUGGGUAGUAAGACCAGAAAUGAUGCAAAUUGCGGUUUGGCUCGCAUGGUUUUCAGUCUUGGGGUUCCUGAAGAUGUUCUUAGGUUUGGCGAGGGAUCGUCUGGAGCGUUUGAAUGCAUCUCCAUCUGCAACAGUUUUCUCUCAUCUAAGAAUUUAUGCAGUACUUUUGUUUGUUCUUCUCUUCGACUUACUCUGGAUGCAUCUGUGUUUAUUAUUGUUCAAAGAUAUAGGGACUAGCACCUUCUUGUUACUGUUGUUCGAGCCUCUCAGUAUAGCAUCUGAUACUCUCCAGGCAGUAAUAGUACACGGUAUGCAGCUAAUGGACACUUGGCAACGGCAAAGUCUUGAUGUAUCUGCGCACGAUGUGAAUUUGCAGCCUUCUGAGAGGUCUGCUGCAGGUGCAGCUUGGGAAUGGCGUGGAACUGUUGUACGAAAUUGCAGUUUUGUUAUGGAUAUUGUGAGCCUGUUGCUGGCACUGGGCCAUUGUGUUCACAUCUGGUGGCUACGCGGUCUUGCUUUUCAAGUGGUUGAUGCCAUCCUAUUCCUUAACUUGCGGGCAUUACUGAGCGCUAUCUCAAAGAGGAUAAAAGGUUUCAUGCGUCUCCGUACAGCCAUGACCACCCUGCAGGGAGCGCUUCCUGAUGCUACACAGGAGCAGCUUUUGGCGUAUGAAGAUGAUUGUGCAAUUUGCAAGGAACCUAUGGCUAGGGCAAAACGUCUCCCCUGUGCUCAUCUCUUUCAUCUUCCGUGCUUGAGAUCUUGGCUAGAUCAAGGACUAGCAGAAACGUAUUCUUGUCCAACCUGUCGUAGACCACUCUUUAUGGGUGGGUCACGAACUGCAACACAAAAUUUGCAGCGUCUAGUAGAUGCGGCCACUACAUCCCCUGGCACAAAUGAAACUCAGGCGCAGGUACCACAACGACAAGACUUGGCCCCAUUGGCAUCGCCACCUCUUGCUAAUUUGGUUCCUCCACUUACACCUCACUGGAAUGCCCCAGUGACCAGCACGUGGACGGGUACAGCGGAAGAGGUUGGCCCAGUUGGAGUAGUAGGAGGUAUCGACGAAGCGAAUAGGUCAACAGAUGCCCAGAAUACAGGGGGUGGUCUUGGUCGCUUGCACUUGAUGAUGAGACAGUUAUCCGGGUCGGGAUCAGGGCCAGGAUUAGGACAUAGUCAUGGCCAUGGCCUUGUUGAGGAAAGCAACUGGAAUUGGUGGCCAUUCGGGGGGGAAAGUAGCGUACAGUCUAGCAGGCGCAGUAGAGAUGAAGCUGUUGAUGCGUUGCUUUUGCGCAACAAUGUCUCAACUGGAUUGGGCACUGUAGCGGAUCCUAGAAUUUCUGCAAUGGUUGGCAUGGUGCGUGAGGUUCUUCCGCACGUCCCCGAUGAGCUUAUUGCACAGGACUUGCUGCGAACGAAUUCUGUAACAGCCACUGUCAAUAACUUCCUAUAGCUGAAAUUGAGGGCGUUUCUAUUGUAGUGCACCUACAAUUCCAGAAGUAGUUUUCCUUAGCGAUGCUGCCGUCAUGUUUUGGUGAGUGAACUGCAAAACCGUUUAAGUUUCGAAGCUCUGCUUUUUGGCAAAGAUGGAGCCUCUUUCAGUGACAGAUGAUAAGCCUUUGAGUUCUCUCUGUCUGAGGUGCCAUUCCGUCAAGUCGUCACACAAUGAAGGUGAUGUAAAGAGCAUUUACUCUUUUCUUGGCUGUAAGAUGGUUCCUUAAGAAGACGUCGUGGCCCCAAACACUUUUGUCAAUAGAUAAGUAGCGAUGGAUGCAGGUGAGGGUGUACUGUGCCAGCUAGAAUAUGGUUUCAUGGCAUCCCCAGCGGAACAUCUGCCCUGCCACUUGUAGUGUUACCUCUUCUCGUAGUGCAUAGAAUUUGCGCUUAUGUUAAUCUUAAGAAAUGGCAGAGGAUCACCUGGCUUGAAAUAUAUCAACGACUUCCGUAGUAGUAGUUGCAGCAUGAUCCAGAUAGUGGUGUAGAGCACAUGGAUGCAUAUAGUUGGUGAGGUUCUCCUAGGCUGACAUUCUAGAGAAAGUGCUUGGGUCGUGAGUCCCGUACUAUCGUCCUUGUACAUAUUGUUGACCACCUAAGUGACAAUUAGCAAGUUUUGCACCUUGCCUUCCCCAA